AUGUCGGAACGAGUCAUACAUUUGGAUUUUAUUUUUAUGGGACUUCAUCAAUUCUCCCGCCGAUUGUGGACAAACAGACGAACAAUUCUAAACUUAAAAGAUAAAGAAAGAAAAAAUCUUUCAAUCGGUAGUCGACUGAUGUUGCUUCAACCUCAAGAUGCAAUCUGUCGAAGUUUACUUGAGCAAACAUGGAAACGACUAGAAAAGCAUAAGAUGAAUUCCAAAUGUUUCAAGACAUCUUUUGCUAGUUCAACUCUUAUGAAAGUCCAACAUUCAACUCAGAAAAAAUGCCGGUUAUGGGGUUGUUGUGAUAUCUUGUGGUUCUUAUUCAUUCAGCUUUAG